AUGGGUUUCUUCACAGGGAUUUAUUUGAUGUUCAAUCUGUGCAUGUUGCUAUCGACGAAAACCACUUUGUCAAAAUCUUUUAUGGGAAAGGAAGGGCUGGUUGAAAUCCCAUCAAAAUUCUUCAAAUUGGCCAAAAGGGCAGAGGUUUUUGAGUGGAUGGUAAACAUUAGGAGGGCUAUACAUGAGAACCCAGAACUUGGUUUUGAGGAAUUUGAGACCAGUAAGAUUAUUAGAAACGAGCUUGAUAAAUUGGACAUCCCCUAUAAGUACCCAAUUGCUGUUACUGGUGUUGUUGGCUAUAUUGGUACUGGAAAGCCACCUUUUGUGGCAAUCAGAGCAGAUAUGGAUGCCUUGGCUAUACAGGAAGCCGUUGAGUGGGAGCAUAAAAGUAAAAUUCCUGGAAAGAUGCAUGCUUGUGGACAUGAUGCACAUGUUGCUAUGCUACUGGGUGCAGCAAAGAUACUUCAGGAGCAUCAUGCUGAUUUAGAGGGUACUGUUAUGUUAAUUUUCCAACCUGCUGAGGAGGGAGGUGGCGGAGCAAAGAAAAUGCUUGAUGUUGGGAUUCUAGAGAAUGUUGAUGCGAUCUUCGGAUUGCAUGCUUCUACUAGAUAUCCACUAGGCACAGUGGCCACUAGGUCUGGCCCCAUUUUGGCUGGCAGCGGUUUUUUUGAGGCAUCAAUUGCAGGAAAAGGAGGUCAUGCAGCCCUUCCACAGAAUACUGUAGACCCUAUUUUAGCCGCUUCGAACAUAAUUGUUAGUUUACAGCAUCUUGUUUCACGGGAAGCUGAUCCCUUGGAUUCACAGGUAGUCACUGUUGCUAAAUUCCAAGGGGGUGGUGCAUUUAAUGUUAUUCCUGAUUCAGUUACGAUCGGUGGAACUUUUAGGGCAUUUGCCAAGGAGAUUUUUGCACAACUCAAACAGCGCAUUGAAGAGGUUAUAACCAUGCAAGCUUCUGUACAAAGGUGCAAUGCGACCGUUAACUUCAACACGAUCAGCCACCCUUUCUACCCCGUAACUGUGAACGACAAAAAUUUGCACGAGCAUUUCCUCAUCGUAGCCGCGAAUAUGCUGGGUGGCAAGAAUAUCAAAGAGAUGCAGCCACUGAUGGGAACAGAAGACUUCUCGUUUUUUGCUGAGUCAAUCCCGGGAUACUUCUACUAUGUUGGGAUGUUAAAUGAGACUCAAGAACAACUUGAACCUAACCAUUCACCGUACUUUAAAGUAAACGAAGAGGUACUUCCUUAUGGUGCUGCUUUACAUGCAUCAUUGGCUGUAACAUACCUUCUUGAACAUCAUUCUCAAGUGACAACACAGAAGCAAAGUUCCCAUGAUGAAUUGUAA